AUGCACCAGGCCAAAAUGAACAACCUUCAAAAUCAUCUCCAGCACAUGCAGCAGCACCAACAGGCAGCGCGCCGACACCAGAUGCCUCCGCCUCCAGCAACAGGGGCAGCCAGCAGGCUCAGUGCAUCCUACUGCCUCGGUUCCAGAAGCCAACAACAGGCCAACCAUCAGCAGCCAGUCCAACACAACCUGCAAAAGAAGGCAAUUAGUAAAGUGAUGACACCAGCCAAAAAUACUCAGCAGUCUUCUGCACAGCGGCAGCAUCAACAUCAGCAUCGGCAGCAUCAGCAGUUCCAGCAUCGACGUCAGCAGGCGGACGAGCAGACCCAACAGCAACAAAGCAGCAAUGCCUCACCCUGCGAAAUCCUUCUGGCCCUCCAGAGAUCAGUGGAGAUCUCAAAGGUGCUUGAAGAAAAGGUAAAUAAUUUAUCAAAGACUGUCUACUCCGUCCUUAUGACACUUAUGCGCGAAAAAUUCGGCAGCCCAGUCGACAACCAUUCCAAAUCUGAAGAUACUCACUAG